AAGCAAAUUGAAACUCGCAGAUUAAAUAAAAUCGUGUUGUUUUCUUUGUAUCUGUUCGAUUCUUUAUAUUGGAUUAAAAGCGAUUGAACGCGGUGAUUUCACGGUGGAUUAAACGAGAUGAGCCGCGUCGGUAGAACAAUCGUAGUGAUAUGUGCGCGAAUGUUACGUGUGCUUUCGUUGGAAUGUCUGAAAUUCUAUUACGCAGGAUAUUGUAAUUUAGUUGUCGGUAGCUUGUGAUAAACAAAGUGCUGAUUGCGCCAGAGAAUAACUUUGGCUGUCUCUAACAUCGGACCAACAUUCCAUCUCGUGUUCGUGAUGACAGGAAUGUCGAGGCAGCGGUACGCGAACCGCAGCAGCGGGAACAGAUAAGGAAGGGAGGAGCCACGCAUCGGGCGAUCAUGUGUAGUGUCAUGUGGCUCCUUCGGCUCCUAACGACUUGCUGCCUCGUUUACCUAUCGGCGUCCGACUCUCAUACAGAUCUGCCACUGAUAACGGAUUCGGUAUCGACGAAAUCGACGACGGCGGCAAAGCGAUCGGUACCGACGGACGCGCCGAUGUUGAACUACAUUUUCGAUGCGCACAGCACGCUAAACAAGCAUCAACAUCAUCACGAUCAUCGGUGGGGUCCUCAUUUCGAAGGGGAGAGCAAGAACAUGACUGUGCAAGCCGGUGGAAGUGCCAUCCUCGACUGCAGGAUAUCCUUGCUACAGGAUAAAACCGUGUCUUGGGUACGUAGACAAGAUAACGGAGAAAAGGUGAAUCUGCUGACGGUGGGGCAACAGACGUACAUAGGAGAUCCAAGAUACACGGUGAAGUUCCAAUACCCGGACAACUGGCGCCUACAAAUCGAGCCCGUGAACAGUAGCGACGAGGGCCAGUACGAGUGCCAAGUCAGCACUCAUCCGCCCAAGUAUAUUCACGUGAAUCUUCACAUCAACGCACCGUCCGUCCAGAUAGUGGACGCCCUGGGUGAACCGCUGAGAGACAAGUACUACGAGGCUGACAGCACCAUCGAGCUAUUGUGCGUCGUGCGUCAUAUAGCGAUGCAAGUCCAGUAUAGUGUCGUUCAGUGGCUUCACGGCAACAGAGUUCUCAAUUACGACACGACGAGAGGCGGUAUCAGCGUGAAAACGGACCUAAUGGAAGAGGGGGCCAAUUCGACACUCAGCAUAGCGAGGGUGGGACCAGCUGACAGCGGAAACUACACGUGCCAUCUCACCACCAUGCCCGAUCAACCUGCCACUGUUCACGUGCACGUGCUCAACGGAGAAAGCUUAGCCGAACUCCAUCACGGAUCCGCAAAAAGCGUGGGCGGUAGCGGGUCGUUGCUACUGCUUCUGUUCGUUCUGCUGGGCCGGAUACAACAGGUGUUCAGAUGAAGGAUCGACGACGCUUCGUCGCCGUAUCGACACGGCGCUGCACAAAUAACAAUAUGGACUUUUAUAUUAUCGCUGAAGAACGGAGCUAGCCGUGUGGAUGCGUAAACGAGGAACGAAGGAAAAAAGAGCGACGAAAGAAAUGGAUGAAACGAGAAGAGGUGACGUAGGGUGGAGAAACUAAAACGUGGAUCGAAACGUUACGAGAAUAGACGAGAGAAUAGGCUACUACGAGAAAGGGAAAGGUUGGCAGCGUCGAUCCGCCGCCAUUGUCUUUCUGCGUCGCUACACGCCAGUUUCCGGUUCACCGUUUGUCCUCCAUGGCCGACUCGAUCUCGUAAAGCGCCCGACUCUCGCGUCUUUGUCCUUCCGGUUACCGGAACUCUCGGAUCGUCGGAUCGUAGUCGAAAGAAUUAGGCAACCCGCCGAGGUUCGGAGGAAGGAAUUCGUCGAUAGCGCUGGUUGCUAGAUCGAUCGGAUCGUAUCGAAAGCGAGAGAGAAAACGGGGUUAGAGAUUCGAUUUGGAAAUUCGAUUUGGAAAUUCGAUCGGCUGACUCGUAGUCUUCCUGUUUUCACGCGUCAGCUACGUCAUGUGCCUUUAUAUUCAGUUUCGAGAACGAAGUCGAGUGCGAAGAGUUUGGCCGCAGAGUUGCGUCAUACGUGAACGAAGAUGGAACGAGGUGAGAACGACACGUGCAUAUCUCUUACGUUCUACGUUAACUCGUGUAAUUGCACGUUUUCGUUUAAUUUAGCGAUCGUGUACGAUAGAUCUUUGUAUCGUGGAAUACAUAAUCAAAAUAUAAUAAAAAUAGUACAUAGGGGUUUAAUACGUAUAAAAAUGUUGACAUAUCUUGUUAUUCGGCACUCGAAUAGACUGAACUACUAAACUAAUCGAAACGGAUGUAGAUCGGUAAUAAACUUAAAACGUUCACCGUCUACGAUUCCAGAGAAAAGUGUCCUCGCUUUCGCGUUACAUCUCCAUUACCUUAAAUUUCUUAGCGCGGAUGGUGAACGCGUUAAGUUUCGAUUCAUCGAAUCGAUCAUCUCAUAGUCACAACCAUACUUUUUCGUUUAUUUCCUAGAGAGAUGUCUCUUAUUUUUCCACUUUAUAUAGGACCGCCUUUAUCAUCGAGCCAAUGCGAAAAAUACCAAAAGAUUUCCAAAGGAUCGUCGAUAGCGAUCUAAAAAUAUCUCGGCAACCAGAAUCUACCGAUAGCGAAAGAACCAGCUUUGAUCUCCGGCGCGGCAAAAGAGAGCUACCGCCUGGAGAUUAUUCCUUCCUCCCUACGGUCGCGAUCGAUCGUCUUCGAAAAGUUCGUACGAAACCGUGUAACCGUCUAACUGUGCCCAACUGCGUCGAUUCGAAGAUCGGCGCAGGUUCGAUCGAUUUUGCGUAAACGUACAGGUAUCGAGCACUCUUAUACGCGGCCACUUAUCGGCAUGUCGACAAAGAAAGCGCAAACUACGCGCCACUUAACGUUUCCGAGAUCCGUGUUCGGAAGCUGGUUUCACGACGACGCACCGCGAGUCUUUGAACGAUACUUUCGAAUCUGCGUCGACGUGCGUUCGUCGGAAAAUGGCGUGACGAUGCGACGAUGAUCGAGCGUCUCGCGUGUUAUAUUCGUAUCGGCGAUCGAACGAAUGCGCGUCAACAAGUUUAAACGACGAUCGUUCGUUCGAUCGUAAUUACGCUUUUCCUUCUUUACCGAGUUCGAGUUGAAUUCGGGUAUCGGUUGCGAAUGAAGAUAAGAAAUACGAUGUAUCUAGUAAGAAAACCUAUUCGAUGACCGUAACGGUGAGUUUCCUUAUUUGUACAUUUUGUUCGAGCGAUCGUGCGUCGACGAGACGAAAAAGUUGACUGUGCGUGCUAAGUACGGAUCGCUGGAGCGAGGCUCGAAUUAUCAGUAUUAUCUAGUUUUGUAAAGAGCCAGGCCGAAGCAUCGCGUGAAAGAAAGCGGAAGCGAUCGCGAAGCGCGCCGAGUCGAUGGUAUCUAGCGUCAUCGAGGAGCGCGCGAUAAUGUUGCAUUUGCGCGUAAAUUAUUAUCGGACUUGAUUCGAUCGUCGACGAGAUAAUCGACAAAAGUGAUAAAGCGCCGCGCAUACGUAUAUCGGACGUAUGCUCGAUCCUCUCCGCUCGAACGAAUACAGUGUACUUAAUUCGUAACAUCGACUACGCGCGUCACGAACAUUUGUAUUUACAUCGUUCUUGGUUAACGAGAAUGUUAUGCAUCGACGUGUACGUUUCCGUUGUCUUCUAUAUCGACUGGUUAUAAAAUUACGCGGAAGCACGAACAAGUGGACGAGUCGUAAAACUACAAAUACCUAGUACAAAUGAAAAUGCUUAAGAGAUUAAAUUAUUUGGUCGGCGUCGUUAUUUCUCUAAGUAAAGGUACACAUUUUUCAAAUUUACCGAUUUUCGUAUCAAAGGAUCGCGAUAAUAUCGUUCUGUCGUUCGUGAAAAUAAAUUGGAAUAUUCAACGCGAUAUCGUUGAUUAAAAAUAUGAAAUACCCUUUGAUCGUAAACUAGGGAAAAUUCGUGUUACGAAUCAAGGAUUGAAUCACUCGUAAAGCGUUUUCGAGCGGCUCAAUGGGCACAAUGGGAUGCGAGAAGAGCGAUUAACUGCCAACCUGAUCCUAAGCUCAUCAAUUAGUGAUACGAAGCGAAGUUUUAAAGCGGCGGCAGCUACGCGUUUUAGAUAAAGUCAUUCUUUUUCCGUUGAUCCGUUGAUCUGUCGCUCGACGGACGCGGCUCCCGAACGGCGCUCACGAGCGAUCGAACUUCUGUAUCGGGACAGAUCUCCGCACAGUAAUACUCGAACUUGACAUAAAAUCCAAAGUUUUCUUCGACGGCGAAAUUAUGAAAUAUACGAUAUGCGUUUUACAAGA